UCGGAGGUGAAUGGUGGACCCACGUGCUUCCACACGAAUCCGCGCCCGUUCAGUUUCACGGUGUGUUUUACUCGCGAGUUCGUGCGGCUCUGAUGUUUGCUGUAGCCGACAUUAACAGAAAGACGACGAGCAUUGUGAACAUUCGUGGAAAAUCUCAGUUAAAGCGCGUUUAGAACAGAAUCUCGCCGGCGCAAUGGAGGGCUUGCAGUCAGCGGCGAAGUCGAAGAGAGGAGUAGCCCAGAAAAGAGGCGAGCAGGCCGCGGAUCGGGAAGCCAAGGUGCGCCGCCGACACAUCAAGGCGCUCGGGGAGAAGGACGAGAGCGAGCGGUACCUGGAAGGGCUGGUGUUCGGGGCCGAAGACGAACUCAUCGGAAGACUGUGCGGAGCCGACAAGGCACAUGACACCACGACCGGUGAUCUGCUGGCCGAGGACUCGAGUGACGCCGAGGUGGAAGAUGAGUCGCGCCUUCAAGUUCCUUCUGCUAAGAGGGCCGCCUGGGUGGAUGAGGAUGACGAGGCAGAUGAGAUCAUCGAUAUGACCCAUCGAUAUCGGAAGGACCUGCUGAAGAGCGAUGCGGAGAAGUUACUUCCAAAGCAGAAGUUUAAGCUGAGACUGAAGGAACAGUUUCAGAAAGCAAUGGGAGGAACGCCAGCCUGGGCAGAGAGCAACCUGAAGAAGAAAACGAAGAAGACGACGAAGGGCGAGGAGGACAGUGAUGAAGAUGAAGAUAAUUUACUACAAAGGACAGGAAACUAUGUGGCAGCUUCGGAUUCCCUUCCCAGAGGCAUCAUUGAGAUGAAAAAAUGCCUCAAUGCCAACAAUGAACGCCCGUCGGAUGCCAAGCUGACCACAGUGAAGUUUCAUCCUGCCGCACAAGUCAUAAUGACGGCUGGUUUUGACCAGUCUAUUUCACUCUUUCAGGUAGAUGGCAAAACAAAUCCAAAAAUUCAGAGUAUCCACUUGGAGAAGUUUCCUGUCUUCAAGGCUCGUUUCAGUGCUGACGGCGAGCAGGUUAUUGCAACCAGCAUGCGUAAUAAAAUGUUUUACGUGUACGACAUGAUGGGAGGGAAGAUAAUCCCAGUCUACGGCAUCCGAGGAUUAGAAAUAAACCGAGUAAAGCAGUUUGACGUUUCCCCUGACGGCUCGUUUCUCCUCCUCACUGGAAGGUCUGGAUAUCUCCACCUGCUGACCAUGAAGACAAAGGAACUUGUUGCCAACAUGAAGAUAAAUGGAAAUGUUGGAGCCACAGCUUUUUCUCCAGAUGGCAGCAUGAUGUACGCUCAUUCUGAUGAGGGUGAAGUAUUUAUCUGGGACGUAAAAAGCAGAAAAUGCAUCAAUAAGUUUACAGACGAUGGUUGCUUGAGGGGAACCAGUAUUGCUGCCUCUCGGAAUGGGCAGUAUGUGGCAUGUGGGUCCAGUUCAGGAGUGGUGAAUGUCUACACUCAUGAUGCUUGUCUGAGUAAAAGCAACCCCAAGCCCCUGAAGGCCAUAAUGAACUUGGUGACAUCGGCGACAUCUUUGGUUUUUAACCCGCAGACUGAAAUUCUGGCCAUCGCGUCCGAUCUGGCAGAUGAUGCAGUCAAACUGGUACACAUUCCCAGUUUCACGGUGUUCUCUAAUUUCCCCUUAUUUCGGAAGAAGUCAAUUCACCUGGCGCAGUGCAUGGACUUUUCUCCACGGAGUGGAUUUUUCUCUGUUGCAUCGAACAAGGGCAAAGCUUUACUCUACAGGUUAAAACAUUACACCAAUUUCUAGCCGUGUGUCCAUGCGCUCAGUUGUGCGUGUCUGCCACCGGGUGGCAGUAUAACCUCAGCAGAGAGGAGAGCCGCUCGCGCCUUCCGAUGGCCUCGUCUCGGCAGCCUCUGGGACUGAAAACGCGUUGCCCUGCACUCGGUGUUCAUCUUGGGAAGAUGCGGACGCCUUUUUUGAUUUUGUACAGAAACCAGUCAGUAAUGUCCACGUUAAUAAAAGUGAGAGAAACUUCUGA